AUGUCUAAUAAAAAAGAAGAUUUAGAGAAUGAUCUAGAAGAUAUUGAAGAAGAUUUGUCAAAUGAAGAAUCAUCAGACGAUGGAGAUGAUGGUGUUACACAAACAAAGAAAAGAAAGAAACCAUCAGCUGCAACUCCCAAAGUAAAACCACAUCCACCAAUUCCAAAAUUACCCUAUACUGACCGUGUUUUUAUUGUUCAAGAUAAUAGCAGUAAUAGUGAAGAUGAUUUUAUAAAUUUUGAAAUUAUAACAUUACCAAGUCCAAAAUAUGAAAAAACUUAUUGUAGAUAUAUUAAAGAUAAAAUAAAUAAUAAAAUUUUAGAAAUAAAUAAAUUUAAUAGCAAUCCAUCAUCUUGGUUCAUUGAUAAUGGUGCUAGAAAUGAUGGUUCAAUGUACAUUGCUUCAAAUAUCGAUCCAUUAUUUUUAUUAAUACCAUUUUUAGAAAAGAACAAAACACAAAACAAAAAUGAAUAUUUCGAAGUUUCCUCUGUUGUAAAUGAUCCAAUAUAUAGCAAUCUUUCAAAAAUUACAUUUAAAGAUGAACAGUUAAAAUUAAUUUGUGAUUUUAAAGAUUUUGCAGGAUCAAGUUUAUAUAAAUUAGAUGACGAAAAAUUGUUACUAUGGUUAAGAUGUAAAGUAAAGAAUAUAGCAAAUCAUUUAAAAGAUAAUGAUAUAGAUAUUUUUAAAACUUCAAAUCAUGUAAAGAAUGUUUUGUCAUGGGAAACUUUAUAUACAAUGUCAAUUGGUUUUAUUAGCGAGUAUCUUUCAGAUGCACACAUCAAAUUAUUAAAUGAAUCAUUUGGUUUAUUAUCUGACAAGGCUAAAGAGACCAUCCAAAAAGAAUCUGCUGAUUUAGUAUAUACUGAAAAAAUUAUAGAACCAGAACCAUCUAAACCAAAGAAAGCUGCAUCAAAAAAAGGUUCUGCAAAAAAAGCUGCCGCCAAACCAGCUCCAUCAAUAACAACAACAACUUCACCAUUUUUUACAAAAGUUUCAUCAACAUCAUCAAGUGAUGACAAUAAACCUAAAGGAUCUUUAAUUUCAGAUUAUUUUAGUAGAAAAUAAAUAAAUAAAAAUUUUUUUUUAAUACAUAAAUUUAUUAUUAAUUUAAAAUUGUAUUAUAGAAAAUUAAAAAGAUUAAAAAUU